AUGAAAGCGGUGGUCUGCACGCUGGGUCCGCCGGGACUCGACGCGACCUACAGCGGCGCUGACGUCGAGCGCGGCGGGCACCACCAUCCCGCCAGCGCCCACGAGAAGCAACUGCUGCGGGGAGUCGAAGGCAUCGUACACCCGGGCGAACUGUGCGCCAUCAUGGGCGCCUCUGGUGCGGGCAAGACCACACUGCUCGACGUGUUGGCCUCUCGUGGUGUCCGCGGCCGGCUGAGCGGAGAGGUGCGGCUCAAUGGGCAGCCCGUGCAGAAGCAGAGCUACUUCCGCCGCAUCUCCGGCUACGUGAUGCAGGACAACCUCAUGCUCGACACCCUGACCGUGAGGGAGACGCUGUCGUUCGCGGCGCGACUGAAGCUGCCCAGCCGCAUGACCUCGGAGCAGAAGGAGCGCCGCGUGGACGAGGUGAUGAAGGAGCUUGGCUUGGAGCACAUCGCGCACUCCAAGGUGGGCAACGCCGCCAACAGGGGCAUCUCCGGCGGCGAGCAGAAGCGGGUCGCCAUCGCGCUCGAGCUCGUGUCGUCGCCUUCGCUCCUCUUUCUGGACGAACCCACAUCGGGACUGGACAGCCACGGCGCCACCAACCUGGUGCUGAUGCUCAAGCGGACUGUCAUCUGCACGAUCCACCAGCCGUCGUCUCACAUGUUCCGCGCCUUUGACAAGCUCAUGCUGCUUGCCCAAGGGCGCGCGUCCCACGUGGUGGACUACUUCGAGAAGCUCAGCAUCAGGCCGCCACUGCACACGAACCCGGCGGACUUCAUUUUGGACAUUGCGUUCCACGCCCGCAGGAAGGACCUCCUCGAGGGCGACCAGCACGACCCGCACCACUACGACUAUGCCGCGACGGCCGAGGCCAAGCCGACAGCCGAGAUCGCGGAGGACUAUCUGCAAGACCCGGCUGCCACGCAAGCUGGCGAAGAUGACGAAGAAGGCUUCCUGAUUGCGGCGGACGAGGAGGAGCGCCGAUACGAGGAGGUGGUGCCCUCCACGGAGCAGCUGGCGGAUAUCUACCUCAAGUCGACCGCCUACGAGAGCCUCGCCAAGGACUUGGCCCGUGAACACACCGACAGCCGCCGCGAAUACUACGAGAGGCAAAACCUGACCAAGAUCGAAAAGUACGGCGUCUCGAUCUUCGUGCAGAUGUGGGUCCUCUUGCUCAGGGAGUUGCUGUUCAUGAUUCGGCAUCCGAGCUUGUUCUACGCCCGAUUCGGACAACAGAUCGUUAUGGGCCUCCUCGUCGGGUCCAUCUGGUUCCAGAUCUCCGAGAACUCGCUGUAUGUGCAGAACACGCUGGGCGUGCUCUUCAUGACGGUGGCUCUACUCUCCUUCGUCUCCUUCAGCAGCGUGCCACAGUACAUCGAACAGCGCUCCAUCUACAACCGAGAACGAGCAGCGGGAAUGUACCACGCAUUCUCCUACUUCAUCUCCAAGACGGUCGUAGGCUUCACCCUGCUAGCCAUGCUCGUUUGUGUUGAGUGUUCGAUCAUCUAUUGGAUGGUGGGGCUGCGCGACGCCCCGGUCUACCAUUUCUUCUUCUUUGUCUUCAUCGUGCUCCUGACUUCAUGGGCUGGCGAGGCGUUGAUCUUCGCGGUCUGUAACUUGGCCGGAAGCACACAAAUCGCGCAGGUGGUCACGGCCUUGUGCCUGGGCUUCUUCUUCAUCUUCGCCGGGUUCUACAUCAACGCCAACUCCAUUCCAGACUACUAUGUCUGGGCCAAGUACAGUUCCUUUAUCAAGUACGGCUUCGAGGCGCUGGUGUACAACGAGUUUGUGGAACGCGUCGUGGGCGGGAUUCCGGGCAAGGCCAUCAUCGACCAAACCACCGAGGGCCUCAGCGUGUGGACCGACGUGGGCGUGCUGAGUGGCAUGACCGGCUUCUACCUCCUCGUGGCCUACCUCGCCCUCCAGUUCCUCCACAAGGAGAAGAGGUGA